AUGUUAUAUUGUGUAUUUGCCAUGGAUGAGGUAAAACCUUCGAAAAAAUACCAGGGAGAUAAAGAUGCACUAGCAUGGCCUUUUCGUAUCAUGAUGGCAGGGGCUAGCAAUUCAGAUGUCACAUUUUCUACACUAUCUUCUGAUAAAAUCCCAGAUUUCAAAAAGUUUAAUGCUAAAAGAAGUACAUUAGCGAUAUUUGAAGUGCUUUACUCUGAUUCCCCAGCUAUACAGAAAAAAAUUAUUCCAUUUUUCACUCGAGUUCGUCAUGAGAAUAUUUCCUCAAUUUAUGUUGCUCAGAAAUUCUACAAAAUCUCAAUAAAUAUUCACGAAAAUGCUACUCACAUUGUUCUCUUUAAUGCUUCAAAAAUUAUUGACGGUUAUUUGAGGCAAAAAGAGUUUAUAGUUAUAGAUCUGAAUAAACCCAGAAUUAAGUCUUUCUUACUUCGAUGGAACACUCCUCUUGAUCUAGAAAAGGAGAUCAAGGGAUUAAAAGAUAAAAAACAUUCUGCCUAA